GUCUGGAUCCCACCUUGCUGCUCGGGGCUGGGGUGGGUGAUGCCACCAUCAUUCCCAAGCCUGGCGGUACCCACUGCUUCAUGCUCUCAUGGAUGCAGUCCUGCCUGGUGCCUUUGCCUGCAGAAGGAGCUCAAGAACUGGGAUGCUCAGUGGGGCUGGGGAAGGGGCUAGGGAAUGGAGGCCUCACCCAAAGUGGUCUUCUCCUACCACAGGUGACUGUGGGCCUCCACCUGCCAUGACCUAUUCCAGGCCAUCCAGUGAUAAGCACACCAUCAGUUUCCCUAUUGGAUCCAGCGUGAUGUACACGUGCAUUGAAGGCACCAUCAAAAUCCCUGGGAGAUCAGACACAGUGAAGUGCCUGCCCGGUGCACGCUGGUCCACACUGCCCGAGCCCUGCGGCCGUAAAUACCUCCUUUCUCCAAAGAGCCUCUUGCUUGGCUUCACGCUUCUGCCCUGCUUACAGUGGCUGCUCUGCAAUGGCAUCACCACCCCUGGCAAGGUACAGACCCACUUCCCAUGGCUGCUGUUUGCUGAUGGAUGCAGGAUCCGUGCUGGUCGGUGAUGGGGUCAGUUGAAUGGUGGCUGGAGCCCAGGAUACUUCUGUGCCUCCCAAACUGUGAGUGUCAGAGGCUCCAGAGGCUGUGACUCCUUAUUUCCUACUAACAGCUUUGCCUGCGCCGUUAUCGCAUCUCCAUCCUUGUUUUGCCAAAGGGCAUUCAGCAGAAUAGCAGCCUGGUAAGAAACCAGACAUAACCUGUGCUGAACAUGAGGAGCUUUCCAAAAGCACCAUAGCAAGAGCAGUUCUGCAAUGCUGGGGUUCCUUUUGCAUGCUUCCCCAGGGGCAGCUCCUUCAGGUCAGGUUUCCUUGCCUGCCAGGGAGCUGCACUGCCCCGACAAGGCUGAGGUUUGCUGCCCUCUCCAAGGUGGAUGAGAGGAUUAACUUCUUUCCCAUUGGGAGCAAUGUGAGCUACGUCUGCCGCCCCGGCUAUGAGAACACCUCGGGAAGCUUCCCCACCAGCACUUGCCUUGAAAACCUGGAGUGGUCAGAAGCUGCUGAGCUGUGCAGGAGGAAAUCCUGUGGGGACCCAGGAGCACUGCCCGGGGGCAGGAUGAUCACACUGACAGACCUGCGGUUCGGUGCCAGAGUGAACGUGUUCUGUGAGGAUGGGUACAGAUUAAAUGGGAGUAAUUUCAUCCAGUGUCAGCUGAAAGGAAAUGAUGUUGCCUGGAGUACACUUCCAACUUGUGAAUUAAUUACCUGCUCUUCACCACCUCACAUUAGCAAUGGGAAACAUGAUGGUGAAGGUGUAAAAACCUUUGCUUAUAACUCCACCGUGACUUACAGCUGUGACUCUGGCUUCCAGCUCGUUGGGAAUGGGAGCAUCCGUUGUACCAGUAUGGACAAAACAACGGGAGUCUGGAGCAGAGCUGUGCCUGCAUGCAAAGAGAAAAAGCUACCUGUCAAACUUGGAAUAAAGCAAAUGGAAAGGAGUCCUCCUCCCCAGAGUUCCCAACAUAAAGGCAUCCAGCUGGCUAAGAAGAAGGCUUCAAAAUGGGAAAUGAAGCUCAGCCUUUAUAAAAAGUCCCUCCAAAAUACCAUCUCUUACUCCCAUUCUUCUUCUUUCUCCAAGACACCAGUGUCCAGGACCUGUGCUACCUCCCCAUUCAGAUUCGUUGUUCCUUUGUACAAAACCAAAACCUACUAUUCUCCUUGGACCAGCCAAGGAUCCAUGUGUCCUCCGAAGUACAUGGGGAUCUCUGGCAUCCUCCCCCAAGCUGGCUGCUUUGAGAACUUAAAGUGGUCUAAAGUUGCAUCAUUUUGUGGAAUGAGGUCAUGGGCAGCUCGGAGAAGCUGGAAGUGGCAGAAGUGUUGCUACAACAGAUUUCCUAUCCGGUGCAAAGGAUUCUAUUACCCGUAAAAAGGCAACCUCCUGUUGUAUUAUGCAGCCACCAUCCCAGCUCGGUGACCAGUGACCUGU